GAUUUCUUAGCCCUAAGUACUAACCCUAGCCCUCCUCCAUCCCCGAGCAUAGAAGGGCCAAACUCUCUCCCUCCAGACUUCGUUCAGCCGGCUUGCAUCCAGGGAGGAUUCUUCGGAGUCGGAACCCAAACCCUAGCUGCAACCAUGGUGAACGUUCCAAAGACAAAGAGGACUUACUGCAAGAGCAAAGAAUGCAGGAAGCACACCCUUCACAAGGUGACACAGUAUAAGAAGGGUAAAGAUAGUCUUUCUGCUCAAGGGAAGCGUCGUUAUGACAGAAAGCAGUCAGGUUAUGGUGGACAGACAAAACCUGUUUUCCACAAGAAGGCUAAAACAACGAAGAAAAUUGUGUUGAAGCUGCAGUGUCAGAGUUGCAAGCAUUAUUCGCAGCACCCAAUAAAGAGAUGCAAGCAUUUUGAGAUAGGUGGAGACAAGAAGGGGAAAGGAACAUCACUCUUCUAAUUUACUUUUUAGCUGCCAUUUCAGUAGUUUAGUUGAAAUUUAAAAUGAGCUGUAGCAGCCUUUAUUUUUGAGGAAAUUUGGAUUUUAACACGUGAAAAAAGUUUCAGCAUGAAUGUUUUGGUGUCAAGGUUCAAAUAUCAAUUCUGUCCCAGAUUUUUUUGAAAAAAAAUCUUAGUUGCCAUCUCCAUCUUCCCCUUUUGGUUGGUGAAUGGAAUUUACUUGUACUGGACGUUAGACGUUGUUUUACUGCAAGUUAGAGCAAAACUCUCGGAAAUGCAUCUCCUCAUAGAUCCUAGUGUGGCAA